CACACAUCGGAGAUCCUCCGUGCGCUGGAAGCCGGGAAUAUCAGAUGUUCUCCAGUGUCCGUCCGCGCGUGCUCGCUCGGGCUCUUCUUCCUGAUCCUCCGCCGUCGCUCGUGCUCGUGUUUUUCCGCGGUGGAUGGCGCCGGCGGGCUGCGGAUCGGGCACCGGGAGAGAUGUGAGCGGAUCGGCGGAGCGGAGAACAGCAGGGCUGCGGUGGAGCGGCGGAGACCGGAUGAUGAUGCUCGGCCGCGCGCUUCCUCAGCACACACUCGACGGCGCAGAGACCCCCUAUGGAAACGGCCAAGCAGAAUAUUAGGAAGAAGAGAGCGACUCGUUUAUUUCUGUUUAUUAUUAUUAUUGUUGUUGUUUUCAAUCUCUGAUCACCGUCAGGAUGGAUUGAUCUCACCGACGCCUCCGUGUGUGUCUCUCUCUGAGAGUGUGUGUGUGAGUGUGUGUGUGUGUGUGUGAAACAAUGACUUUGAGCACAGAGUGUUCGCUUUCAUCACUUUAGUUUUGUUGAUCUGACUCUCCCCUGUUGUGUUCAUGGAUGUGUGGAUGGAGGAUCCUCGGCACAGGCCACACUGGACACUGGAGACUGAAGAUGAGCUUAUGUGAUGCCAGAAUGCUCCAAUUGUGCGUGUGGAGGCUCACUCGAGCUCAGACUAGUGCACUAGUUAGUAUGUAGUGCAGGCUGGAGUUCCCUGCACGCUCGUCUUCCUCCUGUUGGAUUCUUCUCAUCGUCGUGUCCCCUUGAGUUGUCAAAUAUUUAUUUCCUGUACAUCAAGCGGAAAGGGGGCUCCCCUCUGGUGGAAUGCGGCAGUAUGGGGGUGUUUGAGCGCGGGGUGCAGAUGCUCCUGACCACCGUGGGCGCCUUCGCAGCCUUCAGCCUGAUGACCAUCGCGGUGGGCACCGACUACUGGCUGUACUCGCGCGGCGUCUGCAAGAUCAAGAGCACCAACGAGAACGAGACCAGCAAGAAGAACGAGGAGGUCAUGACCCACUCCGGCCUGUGGAGGACCUGCUGUCUGGAAGGUAAUUUUAAAGGCAUGUGCAAACAGAUCGAUCACUUUCCUGAAGAUGCAGACUAUGAAGCAGAUGCAUCAGAGUAUUUUUUACGAGCGGUCCGGGCCUCCAGUAUUUUCCCCAUCCUCAGUGUGAUCCUGCUCUUCAUGGGUGGUCUGUGUGUCGCCGCCAGCGAGUUCUACAAGUCUCGACACAACAUCAUCCUCAGCGCAGGGAUCUUCUUCGUUUCUGCAGGUCUGAGCAACAUCAUCGGGAUAAUUGUCUACAUAUCAGCCAACGCCGGCGACCCGUCCAAGAGCGACUCCAAGAAGAACAGCUACUCGUACGGCUGGAGCUUUUACUUCGGCGCUCUGUCCUUCAUCAUGGCCGAGAUGGUGGGCGUUCUGGCCGUGCACAUGUUUAUCGACCGCCACCGGGAGUUACGUGUGGCGCAGGCGCGAGUGCGAGGAGCAGAUUAUCUACAGGGAGCGGCCAUCACUCGAAUUCCCAGCUAUCGAUAUCGUUAUCGGCGCAGCUCGCGAUCCUCCAGCCGCUCCACGGAUCCUUCACACUCGCGGGACACCUCGCCUGUCGGCCUCAAGGGAUUCGCCGCAUUACCGUCUACCGAUAUUUCCAUGUACACGUUGAGUCGCGGCGGCGGAGAUACGUUGAAAACUCCGCACGGCACACCACCGAUGUACAACUCCGACAGAGAGGCCGAAUUCCUACAGGUGCACAACUGUAUCCCGAAAGACUCGAAAGACCGCCGCACCACUCCCGUAUGAGCGCCCCCUGCAGGACUCUCAAUAAACACUGAUGGUGACCAGUUUACAUGUCGAAUCCAAAAAAAAAAAAAAGAAUUGCAUGAUUUUCUUAUCUUCCGUAAAAAAAUGAACAAUUCAGAGCCGAUGAGGUGGACGCCGAGAGCUCUCGAAGUGUCUUUUUAUUUAUGAUCAUUUCAUUUCGUCGCACAUUGAUACUGUGAACGUGACGGCAGGGAAGAGGACAAACCGUCCGACAAAAAAAAACAAACAGCCGCGAUUUCUAUAUGUCAUAAUUAACGUACUACUGAUACAUGAGUAUAUAUAAACAUAUGAAGAUACAUACAUCUGUUAAUAAGCCACACGAGCAGACUUCUUGAGUCAAGAAGACGAGAAACAAAAGAGCAAAUCAGAAGUCAAUAAAGUCAUCAUGGGUAA